AUGCCUGAAAGCUCUCCCACAAGUGGCGUGAGCCUUGGCCUGUACUGGACACGGGCGAUUGUGGUGCUGCUGCUGGGGUUUGUAAUGUACUUGACAGUAACGUAUUGCUUUCAUGUCUACUACGACAGAGAGGCGGCGUUUCACGAUGCGUUGACGUGUUUUAUGGGUCUUCUAGAAGAAAAUAACAUUGUUUUUUGGUUGCAAAACGGCACUCUGCUAGGAUCCACGAGGCUUGGGAGGCUGGUGCUGUGGGACGCUGAUCUUGACAUUGGCUUUGUUAAGCCAGACAACAGUGACAAACUUUUGGUGAUGAUGCGGGAACUCGAUGAGCGUUGCUUUGGGGUUGUGUCCACGGUCCGCACAGGUGAGCGCAACCUGCUGAGGGUGUUCCAAAAAUGCACCAAACGAAUUUGCGCGGAGUUUCAUGAGACGAGCGUUAGUGACGGGGUUGUGGUUUCUGCUGAUGGCAUUUCACCCGCAACAGAGCUCUUUCCCCUGCAAUCAUGCACAGUGGCGAAUGUCUUCAGCUACUGCCCCCACAAUAUCUCGUAUUAUUUAAGGGAGGCGUAUGGAGGGGAUUGGCUAACGCGCUCAUUAACUGAACUGUUUUAG